AUGCUGUACCAAAGUCUGCCCUCCCACAUGAUGUACCAAAGUCUGCCCUCAGAGAUGAUACACCUAAGGUCUGCCCUCACAGAUGCUGUACCAAAGUCUGCCCUCACAGAUGCUGUACCAAACUCUGCCCUCCCACAUGAUGUAUCAAAGUCUGCCCUCAGAGAUGAUACACCUAAAUCUGCCCUCAUAGAUGCUGUACCAAAGUCUGCCUUCACAGAUGCUGUACCAAAGUCUGCCCUCACAGAUACUGUACCAAAGUCUGCCUUCACAUAUGAUAUACCUAAAAUGAUGUACCAAAGUCUGCCCUCUAAGAUGCUGUACCAAAGUCUGCCCUCACAUAUGAUGUACAUGUACCAAAGUCUGCCCUCUAUAAAUGCUGUACCAAAGUCUGCCCUCACAUAUGGUGUACCAACGUCUGCCCUUACAGAUGAUGUACCAAAGUAUGCCCUCACAUAUGAUGUACCAACGUCUGCCCUUACAGAUACUGUACCAAAGUCUGCCCUUACAUAUGAUAUACCAACGUCUGCCCUCACAAAUGCUGUACCAACGUCUGCCCUCACAGAUUCUGUACCAAAGUCUGCCCUCACAGAUUAA